UGCGCAUGCGUGUAGUCGUGACCGCGCAGUUGUGCGAGUCGUUUGAAAGCGGCUGAAGUUUGUGCCUCUGAAAAACACACGUCUUCAGCUAGCAUGGAGCUAAAUGAUGCCAACCUUCAAACUCUGACUGAGUACCUGCAGAAAACGUUAAACCCUGAUCCACUUGUCAGGCGACCAGCCGAGAAGUUUCUAGAGUCAGUGGAGGGUCAUCAGAACUACCCCAUUCUGUUACUCACGGCUUUAGAGAAGUCCCAGGAUAACGUUAUCCGAGUGUGUGCAGCAGUCACCUUCAAGAACUACAUUAAGAGAAACUGGCGUAUAGUCGAAGAUGAGCCGAACAAAAUUUCUGAUCAAGACCGCGCAGCUAUCAAGGCUAAUAUUGUCAAUUUAACUCUAACCAGCCCAGAGCAGAUACAGAAACAGCUGAGUGAUGCUAUCAGUAUCAUUGGGCGAGAAGAUUUCCCUCAGAAGUGGCCUGACCUCCUAACAGAGAUGGUGACGCGCUUCCAGAGUGGAGAUUUUCACAUUAUCAAUGGUGUGCUUCGAACCGCUCACUCGCUCUUUAAAAGGUAUCGGCAUGAGUUUAAGUCCAAUGAGCUGUGGCAGGAGAUCAAGUUGGUGCUGGACACUUUUGCUCAGCCUCUUACAGAGCUUUUUAAGGCUACAAUUGACUUGUGUCAAACUCACGCUACAGACAUCAAUGCACUGAAGGUUCUCUUCUCGUCACUUAUACUCAUUUCAAAGCUGUUCUACAGUCUAAACUUCCAGGAUCUUCCAGAGUUUUUUGAGGACAACAUGGAGACCUGGAUGACUAAUUUCCAUAAUUUGUUAACCUUGGAUAACAAGCUUCUACAGACUGAUGAUGAGGAGGAGGCUGGUCUCCUGGAGUUACUGAAAUCACAGAUCUGUGAUAACGCAGCACUUUAUGCCCAGAAAUAUGAUGAGGAGUUUCAGCCCUACCUGCCUCGCUUUGUCACUGCUAUCUGGAACCUGCUUGUGACGACAGGCCAGGAAGUCAAAUAUGACCUGUUGGUGAGCAAUGCUAUUCAGUUUCUGGCAUCGGUGUGCGAGAGGCCGCACUACAAGCAUCUGUUUGAAGACCAGAACACGCUCACCAGCAUCUGUGAAAAGGUCAUCAUCCCCAACAUGGAAUUCAGAAGUGCAGAUGAAGAAGCAUUCGAGGAUAAUUCAGAAGAAUAUAUAAAAAGAGAUCUCGAAGGAUCAGACAUUGAUACAAGGCGACGGGCUGCAUGUGACCUUGUUCGAGGGCUCUGCAAGUACUUUGAGGGUCCUGUGACAGCCAUCUUCUCUGGCUAUGUAAACUCUAUGCUGACUGAGUACGCCAAGAACCCUGCAGCGAACUGGAAGCAUAAGGAUGCCGCUAUCUAUCUGGUUACAUCACUGGCAUCUAAAGCCCAGACGCAGAAGCAUGGAAUAACACAAGCCAACGAGUUGGUGAAUCUGACCGAGUUCUUUGUCAACCACAUUUUACCAGAUCUAAAGUCCCCUAAUGUGAAUGAAUUUCCGGUUUUAAAAGCAGAUGCCAUUAAGUACGUCAUGACCUUUAGAAGUCAGCUUCCUAAAGAACAUCUAUUGCAGACGAUUCCUCUAAUGGUUAAUCACCUGCAGACAGAGAGCACAGUGCAGCACACGUAUGCAGCUCAUGCUCUGGAACGUGUCUUUACCAUGAGGGGGGCAAACAAUACCACACUUCUCACAGUUGCUGAGGUUGCUCCUUUUACAGAGCUGCUGCUCAACAGUCUAUUUAAAGCUCUGACGAUACCAGGCUCAUCAGAAAACGAAUAUAUCAUGAAAGCCAUCAUGCGAAGCUUUUCGCUCCUUCAGGAAGCCAUUGUGCCCUACAUUCCUACACUGAUUGGCCAGCUCACCCAAAAGCUCCUCCUAGUCAGCAAGAAUCCCAGCAAACCUCAUUUCAACCACUACCUCUUUGAGUCACUGUGCCUGUCCAUCCGGAUCACCUGCAAGGCAAACCCUGCGAUUGUGACCAGCUUUGAAGAGGCCCUGUUUCCUGUCUUUACAGAGAUUCUUCAGAAUGAUGUGCAGGAGUUUGUACCGUACGUGUUCCAGGUGAUGUCUUUGCUGCUGGAGAUUCACGCUAGUGCUAUCCCUUCCUCCUACAUGGCCCUGUUCCCCCACCUGCUCCAGCCUGUCCUUUGGGAGCGUGCGGGCAACAUCCCGCCUCUGGUGCGCCUGCUUCAGGCUUACCUGCAGAAAGGAAGUUCUACCAUCGCCAGCUCAGCUGCAGAUAAAAUUCCUGGCCUGCUGGGGGUGUUCCAGAAGCUCAUCGCCUCCAAGGCUAACGACCACCAGGGCUUCUAUUUGCUUAACAGUAUAAUAGAGCACAUGCCACCUGAGGCUGUUGGUCAGUAUAGAAAGCAGAUUUUCAUCCUGCUCUUCCAGAGACUGCAGAGCUCCAAGACCACAAAGUUUGUCAAAAGUUUUCUUGUCUUCAUUAACCUCUAUGGUGUGAAGUAUGGGGCGAUUGCUUUGCAAGAGAUGUUUGACGACAUCCAGCCCAAGAUGUUCGGCAUGGUGCUGGAGAAGAUUGUGAUCCCGGAGGUGCAGAAAGUGUCAGGGCAGGUGGAGAAGAAGAUCUGUGCAGUGGGAAUCACAAAGAUCCUCACAGAAUGCCCAGCUAUGAUGGACACAGAGUACACCAAACUCUGGCCUCUGGUCCUGCAGGCCCUAAUCGGGUUGUUUGAGUUGCCCGAGGACGACAGCAUCCCUGACGACGAGCACUUCAUCGAUAUAGAGGACACACCGGGUUACCAGACUGCUUUCUCCCAGCUGGCAUUUGCUGGCAAGAAGGAGCACGAUCCUAUUGGAGACGCUGUCAGCAACCCCAAAAUCCUGCUUGCCCAGUCUUUACACAAACUCUCCACUGCCUGCCCUGGAAGGGUGCCCUCCAUGCUGAGUACGAGCUUGAACGCUGAGGCGCUCCAGUUCCUGCAGGGCUAUCUCCAGGCAGCUUCAGUUCAGCUUGUCUAAAGCAGACACGCCUUCCUCCUUAUUUUCAUCUCUGGAGUCUGUUAGUUGUGAAGUUCAGGUGCAACAGUUCGAAUCUCCACAGACAAACAAUUGAUUUGACAUUCGGCCCAAAAUUGUGUGUUGAGGGGUUCCGUGAGCUGAAAUUGAUUCUCUGGGUAAAACAGUGGACUGAGAAGAGAAAAGCACUUGCCAAAGUGAGAAGUCUAUGAUGGAGGUUCAACCACAGCAUGUUGUAUCUGUAGAACAAUACAACAUAUUUCCUGAUUUGUUAUCUAGCACUUCUUUCUGAGUCAUGCAUUUACCGUCAUUCAACAGGCGUCUUAAAUUCAGGAAAAAUAUCCUUAAGUGUUUUGAGGUUAAACUUACAAUAUGUGACACAUUUAUCAGUACAAUUUGGCUAGAAUGGGAUGUAUUUACAAUUUGUAAAACCUGCUGUUUGUCCAUGCUGUUCCUGGAGUUGUUUUUACUGUAUAAAUAAGGGCUGUUUAAGCACUAAAACAGUGUUUUUGUUGCAUGUAUCUGUGUUUUUGUCCAAUUUGUCUUAUGGCUUUGUCUAAUUGUCAAUAAAAAAAGCACUUGUAUAAUU